UUUAUAUUAAAGAAAAAUUUCGCGGUAAUUUGAAGGAGAGACAAAUGGGAUAUAUUUCCUUUUUAUUGUGAUAGCCCCGGAUCAAUACACACAAAAUAAUUAAACAACAAAUUUGUGGAUCAAAAUAGCAAAAAUGUUGAACAACAUUUGACGGGAAAAUUUUUAAUAUUUUACAACUGACCUUACUGAACAAACGUUUGAGUAAAUAAAACAAAGAAAUUAUAGAUUCGUAAAUAAGAAUGAAUUUGGCGCCAUCUCAUCAUAACAAACUUCAUCGUUCGAAGCUCAAAGUAUGUUGUGGAAAAAAGACUCACAGCAUGAAAACAAUAUUGUUGCUGGUCAUAACAGAUAUUCACUUAGGUUCAGAGAAGUUUAAACGGAAGUUAAAAAAUGCUGUUUUUAUUGUAGUACAUAAAAUAUUCUUGGUUUUCUUAAGUGAAAGGUCUUAUUUUUAAGGUUUACUGGUAAGUACAUCCAAAACCUACUUAUUUUUCAUCUGUACAAUCAUGAAGAUUUUGUAAAAAUGUUGUUAAGAAGAUAUACAGAUACUUAGUUAUGAAAUAUAGUUAUUUAUUACCUUAGUAGAUUUUAGGAUUUAGAAAUCUAUAAUAUUUUUUCUCUCGCUUAAAAUUUAUUUUCGGGCUGCCACAAAAUAGUCCUUUGUUCGCCUCUCUUUUAACAUUAACUUCCUCGAAAGUUUAUUCCGUAAAACAAGCUAAAUUUGGUCAAGCGCAAAGGUUUAUCCUUACGAAAUAUUAAACUUUUUAAAAACCGCGAAGGUCUAAUAAUCUCACUCAACCCAUUUAUUGUUAAAACCUUAAAGUCUUCUUUUCGCAUUUCAAAUUGGAAUGAAAAAGAAGUUCCAUUAAACUCAACAAGUAUUUCCGAAAGUUUGCUCAAAAAAUUUGGCUAGUAAAAAGUGACAAAGCUUUCUGAUUUUCUUUUUCAAAUAUUUCUUUUUGCCCACAUUUUUCCCCAAUAAGGUGUAAUAUGACAAACUAUUUCUUCUAUUAAUUGUCUGGCCUGGGAAGGGAGCGGUUUCUAAAGGGGCGGUUUUUAAAGGGGGCUUUUAAAUCAAGGGGGAAAUCACUACAAAUCGUGAAGGUGUAAAAGCAUAUAUCAAACUUUGCGACUUUUACUUAAAACAGCUAUAAACAGUAUACAUGAAAAACUUUUCGUAUUUCCUAUAACCGCCCGGGAACUUGCUUUCAAAUUUAAUGAAUAUCUUACUUUAAUAACCCGGGCGCUUAUUAAAGGAGGUACGGAUCCUUAUUUAGUAAUUCUACAGUGCCAAGAAAAAUACCGGAAAGCGUUUUUUGUGUUUUAUGUGAUUUAAACGUUGGUGUUGUUUUAAAGUUCUGCACUUGCAUUAAUUUUUGGAACACGCUUGACUGUUAUAGUUAUGACUGUGACUGAGUGUACUUUGUGAGAAAAGCCGAGAAGUUUUUUUAACAACAAAUUAGCUUGAAACCAACUUUCACAUUUUGACGUUUCUGUCCUAUUUGUGAGCUUUCUCCAUUAAAUAAAAAGAACAGGUGGACUGUUUUAACUAUGCCAAUGUAACAACAAGUUGUAGCUUGUGUUUUAAUGCAAUCUGAUUUGACGAUAAAGUUAUUUUUUAGAAGUAAAUGCCUACAAGCAGGUGAUCCAAUUUCUUGAAUCUAAUUUAUUGAAUUCAGAAAAUUUGAUCGGGUAUCACCUGUUCUUGAUGGGUGCUUCACUCCAUAUGUGGCAAACAUGCCAUAAUGUUUUAAAUAAACUAUUUUAAUUGUUCACAUCAUCAAUGUUCGAGUAUGCGGCGGCAUUCAACUUGUAACUAUAACCUAUCAUUAUUAGACUUUUAUUGGUAUAUUAUUGGAACAGUUGCAUGUUACCGUCAAAUUAUAAUUUUAUUUUUUUGGAAGAGAUUUUCUUGUAGUUGGUUUUAUUCCACCUAUCUGACUAUUCACAGUUACUAGUUAACCUGAAGUAAUUAUUUAACAAUAUUUUUUAUAUCAAUGUUUUUAGUUGUGGUGAUUUAUAUAUUUUGUGGUCAGCCCCACUAAAUUCGACAUAUGUAGCUACCAAUUGUUUUCAAGCGGACCACAAAGGGGUUUCUUUAAUGCUUAAACUGUAUUGAUAUUGUUCCCUUAACUAUUUUGACCAUUUUCUAUAUACAUGGAACUCCGAUCUGGAAAACCAUCUAGUCUAUUAUAGAGCCAUAGGUCUUUUUGCUGUUUUCAUCCACCAAUACACGUUUCCCGAAUUACAUGUUUCCCGAAUUACAUGUUUUCAAAAUUUGAUAAUUUUGAUGUUUUGACUUUAGGAUCAUAUUCAAUAUUAUUGAAUUAGUGUGUGUAUAUAAAUUUUAAACCGAAUCUGACAAGUGAAAAUUCUGUUUUGGUGGUAUUAAUGUUACGGUCAAAAUCUUCUUAAUGUUCUAUUUGUACUAAUAAGCUUCGGUUUCAAGUAGAGUUCAAUUAGGAAGGUUAUUUGUUGUAUAAAUCCGAAGAUUUCAUAAUCUAUAAAAUUUCAGGUGAGAAUUUCAAAAAAAUCACAUUUAUUUUGUUUGAAAAAGUUUAGAAAUAGCAGAGGUACAUCAAAGAAAACUAAUUCGGGAAAGGUGUAUUAAAUUUUACAAGACUAUGCCAACAUUUUAAAUUUAUUCUACAAUCUGUGAGUUCGGACACAUUGUGAAUGGAAUAUGGGUAUGUAAUGUGUAGAAAUUGAAGAUUGCACCAUACCCUUUAUAAAACUUCCUGUUGUUAUUUUUGAUCUUGUUGUACAGUUUUUAGAUUGGCUAAUAAUGAAGAAUAAUAAUAAGCUUAUAAUGGAACGUGCUGCAAAUUAUAUGUUGCGAUCACAAUUAUUUGCAGCGCAAACAUGUAAUGUCGAUCUAGAUAAACACGCAUUACAGAUAGUGGAUGAUAUCCCUGUCAGUCACACCUUAUUUCCUACUAUAACAAAGGCUGUGAAGACAGGUAGCAGAGCGGAACGUGCUUGGAUUGAUACUGUGGCCGAUAUAGAUUACAUAUACGAAAUCGGUCCAUUAAAAGUAUACAGCGUUACAGAUGCUUCACAAAGGAAAAUGUUUAGGUAUAAAAACACAGAUCAUUCAGGGUUUUACCAGAUCUUAGAUGAAUACGAAGGUGCUUUGUAUCCACAGAUGCUGCAAGUAAAACUAGCUCCAAUACUUGGAAUUUACACAAAGAAAGCAGGAGAAACACUGAGGAAAAUUGCCAAGGAAAAGGUAACAAAUGCUGCGUACCCAAAUUUACACAACGAUGACAGAAAAUUUAAAUUUGAACUGAAAAUAAAGGAAGAUGCCGUCAUUGGGAUGGUUUUGCAUCAGUGGCCGAAAGAAAUUUUCAAAGAAUUUUUCAAUGACAGACAACAUUUAUGGUUUAAAGAUAGGCUUGAAGAUGUUAAAGGAAGCAGACUGUACUUGGUACCAAAAGCGCAUCCAAACAGUGAAUGUCCCAGUGUUGAAUGGAGAAUUUCAUUUUCGUUACCGGAAAAAAUUCUUAUGCUUCACUUAAGUGAUGUACACCGCAAAGUGUAUUUACUUUUUAAAUCGUUGCAUAAACAUAUUUUCGACAAGAAGGUGAAAAGUUAUGUUUUGAAAACAACAUUUUUAUGGCGAUUGGAUGAGUACACUGCAGAAGAUUUAUAUACAGGCGAAGAAAAAUUGUUUCAUUUUGUGAAGGGUUUAUUUGAAAAACUUUUGCAAUUUUUUGAGAAUAAGUUUGUUCCAAAUUAUUUCCUUCCACAGGCAAAUAUUCUUUCUGAGAAUGUAGUGUCAGAUAUUGACCAAGUGAUAGGUAACUUGAAAGGCCUUAUCAAUAGAUUAGAGAAGAAAAUUUUAGAGCAUUUUGCGUUUUUUCGCUAUUUCUGGUUUAAGAAGAAUUUUCGAAAGUGGUCUAAGAAAGGAAACCUCCCUUACACUGUGGAGGAAGCUGCAGGUGAAGCUUCAGUAGCCAAAUUUGACCUUUUACAACCACAACUUAGUAUGUUAAAUGAUCUCGAAUUUGGUGCUACGAUUAUGCUAGAGCUGUACUAUACAGUUCUGUGUUGGUGCAUCUACGAAAAUUCCUAUCACAAUGGGUCGUUAAUAUUGCGAGAUAGAUUGCGUGCUUUGCAAGAUUUCCUUCCCCAAGACAUGAAAUUAAGUGAUGGUGUUAUAAAGGAAGAAAUGAUUGAAGAGUUUGCUAAGUUUACUCACACCUUGAGAGAUAGGAAAAGAUUCUAUCGGAAAGCAUACCAUAUACCAAAUGCCGUGGUCAAAGAUAAUAUCAGAGCGAUCUUCUCAUCUUCAUGUGUACUACCACCGGUACUACUGGUGAUACCAGCGCUACCGUUAUCUUUUUAUGUGAUUCGGUUGUUUUUUCGGUAA